GACUCAUCCCCAAGCCUACUUCAUAAUGUACAGCAAGCCUUUCCCCCGGAGCAUGAGGAGGUGGUGAUCCUGCAGUCUCUGGUGUUCUUGCACUUUCUUGGAGAUUGAGCAGACCAGACCUGCCCUCCCAGCCUCUCAGCUUCAUUCCAUUUACUUCCUGCCUCGUUGCAAACUUCAUCCCAACAGGAAAAGUGGAAGGAAGAAUUGUACAAACUCCUAAACAGUGACUCGAAACAGCCCCCAUCUCAGUCUGCUAUCACUCCGAGUAGUUUACUCUUGCGCUUUCCUUGUUAAACAUCGAGUAUGGCUGGAAAACUAAGAGCUCUGAAAAAUAAAAUAAAAUAAAACUAACAACAAAACUAAAACAUCCUAUCUGAUGGUGCUGCAGAAACAGAACCCAGAGGACUACCUACCUUUCUUCAGCGCUGCUUUCUUCACUUAAACAAAGCGUUCACCUUGUAGCGGAUUUAACCAUUGCACUCGGAUAACGUUGGGAUAAACGCUGCCUCAAUCCCGGACAGGCGCUUUCAGGAUAAUUCUUUCAUGUAUUGGAAAAAUGAAGUUUUGGCCCCUCUACCAGCGGGAGAUAAACUUUUAUCGGAAGGAAUUCCAGUUAAACGGGUGAUUUCGGAAGACAAUCACAGCAAGCAAGCAACGCCGCGCGGUUUGGAAAGCAAACAUUCGCAGAUAAUGUCUCACUCGGAUGGUGAAUCUCAUAGAUCAAAUAUGGAUAAAGAGGACGCUCGAUCUUCGACUCCAUCGCCUCGAUCAUCGACUCCAUCAAUUUGUUCUCCUCCUUCGUCUUCUUCCUCUAUACCUUCUACGGGGAAGAACGUGUGUGCCAGCUGCGGGCUGGAGAUCGUGGACAGAUAUCUACUGAAGGUGAAUAAUUUAAUCUGGCACGUGCGGUGUCUGGAAUGUUCAAUUUGUAGAACUUCACUGCGGCAACACAGCAGCUGUUACAUCAAAAAUAAAGAAAUCUUCUGUAAAAUGGAUUAUUUCAGUCGAUUCGGUACUAAAUGUGCCCGGUGUGGCCGGCAGAUCUAUGCCAGUGACUGGGUGCGGAGAGCCAGGGGCAAUGCCUACCACCUGGCGUGCUUUGCCUGCUUCUCCUGCAAGCGGCAGCUGUCCACGGGAGAGGAGUUUGGACUGGUGGAAGAGAAGGUGCUUUGCAGAAUCCACUACGACACCAUGGUAGAAAACCUGAAACGGGCAGCGGAGAGUGUGUCAACACCAGUAGGGCAAUCAUUGUUGGUUUCUUUUCAGGUUUGGUUUCAAAACUGCAGAGCAAGACAUAAAAAGCAUACCCCUCAGCACAGUGGGCCUCCACAAGGGACCCCCCAGUCCAGGAUGCCCCCCUCCCUCCCAGAGGAGAUUCAUUACUCCCCUUUCGGCAGUCCUGAUAGGGCCCGCAUGGUAGCGCUGCACGGAUACAUCGAGAGCCACCCAUUCUCAGUGUUGACAACACAGACUAUUCCUCACCCUCAUCAAGCCAUGGCACUAGCACAGUUACCACUGAGCCGCUAGCGUAUUCACACAGACAGUUCCACUACGUCUUCAAAGAAGAGGCAGCACUUUGAGCUGAGUGUCCUAAGCCGGGCCACGCUUGAUCUGUGUAUCGGACCUGCUACAGUGAUUUACAUUUCUCAUGGUGCAGUGUCACAUUCCACAUACUGAGCUGAGUUUGCUUCAGAAGAACAACAUGGAAAAUAAAUAAUCCCUCUGACGCCUGCAUCGGGGACUUACUUUUAAGAAAUGAUGCAGUCACAGAAAAAUAAAGCUUUCUUGGAGAGCAAAGCCUUUGUGAAUUGUGGAAUAUUUUUCUUUGAUUUUUGAACACCCUUUCCAGUAAGAGGGUGUACCAAAGCCACUGUGCUUUGUUGUGUUCUUUGAGUUUUUCCUUGCUUGUUCCCAAAACAAGUUGUUUGUCUUGGAGAAAUGUUUGCUGCAUAUUUUACUGUUUGUUAAUUAAGACAAAACUAAGAUUUACUCAGCCAACAUCACUCUGUUUCAUAAGUCACCUAACUCAGACAGGUAAGGUUUGAAGACUUUUUUUUUUAAAUUAGGAAAGGUU